CGGAAGAGAACAUCAUAACACGAUGGCUUUCUUCUCACUCUGCCUCAUGUUCUAUCUUUGCUCUGCAGCCACACUGACUGUCACUCCCGACCGAUCCCAGUUCUUCCAGCACGACCGAAUCACUCUUACAUGUGUUACAAACUCCAGUGGCUGGAAAGUGAUGAGGACGAUUGCAAACAAGGUUACUGAGGAAUGCAAGCGUGGCUGGGGAAUCCCCACAGAAUCCGCCUGCAACAUUAAAGAUGCUUACCCAAUUGACACCGGCGAAUACUGGUGUGAAUCUAACCGAGGAGAACGCAGCAAUAAAGUCAAUCUCACUAUAUCCGAUAUAAAUGUGAUCCUCGAGAGCCCUUCAUAUCCUGUGUUUGAGGGACAAACUGUGACACUUGGUUGUUCCUACAAGAAAGACAAAGAUGAUGACACAUCCACCUCAGAUUUUGAAGCUGAGUUCUACAGAAAUGAUUUAUUCAUUGGGAAAAAGAAACCAGGGAAAAUGAUCAUUGAAGCAAAGGAAGGUUUCUACAAGUGUCUCCAUUCUUCUGAAAGACAGUCACUGAAGAGCUGGCUGGCAGUGACAGAUAGAGUUCCCCCCACAGAAAUGUAUUCUUCUCCUCCUCCUUCUCCUCCUUCUGAACCUGGUGUUCCUUGGAUCAGAGUAAUUUCUGGCAGUGUGCUCUUCAUCCUCUAUAACAUCAUACUAAUCUUAUGUGUGAACACAUAUCGUAAGUGGGCUCGAGCCAAGACUGAUAUGAAAAGGAGAAUUGCUGAUCAUGUUUUGCUGAACUGAAGACAAUGAAGACAAAACAAUUUAUCAUCUGUAUGUUGAAUUUUAGAUAUAUAAGCAUAGAAUGUUUUGUUCUGUCUCUAUGUUGUGCAGAUGAUCAUGUUGCAGCUUAAUGUAGCUUCCAGAGCUGCAACAUGAAUAUUUCAAACAAACAUGUUCAAACUGAUUUGAUGAAGAACAAAAUAUCUAUAAUCAUUAUUACAUCUGUUAAAAUCA